AUCUCAGCAGUCUGUCUCUUUMUUACAGAUUUUUAACACGUACAGCUUAAGGCAUCAGGAGUGGAACGAUUGAAUAAAGAUGACGACAUCCAUGACCAAACUCCAGGAGAGCUACAACCAGCAGGGUUUCCUCUCACCGCUGUCWGUUCUGAGCGACACGGAGCUGAGGGAGGCCAGGGAGGCCUUUUCUAAGCUGGAGGAUGAAUUUGGUAGCCACUGCUCUGGCAUGUUGCCCCACCGCCAAGCCACCCGWCUUGGAAACAUGCUGUCUGUCAACCAGGAGAUCCCGGAGGAGUUGGUGCAGGUGGACGAAGCCAUGUUCUGUCCUCUCAAAGCUGGACAGAUGUCUAUUCARGAUGGCCUUCUUGUCCAUGCAAGCGACCCCAACACAUCCCAGAAGAGGCGCUGUGGCUUCGUGAUCCGUUAUGUUCCCACCUGUGCAUACCCCAUCCAGGAUCCUGACCGACCCAGGAAGUUUCAUGCAACCAGGCUGGCUUGCGGAGAGGACAAGUUUAAUCAUUUCUCCAACACAAAAGCAUGAAUAAUAUCCYGAAGCUUGGUUACUUUUUCCUGUUACCUUUUUUCAUGAUUACUUAACUUAAAUCAGUUGUCUGUUAUAUUCUAAUCGCCAGACAUAUGUAUUUAAAAUGCUUGCUUUUGUGCCAGUUUUGACAAUAUGUUGAAMUGUCCUUGAGAUGUGUCACCAUUAUAAAAAUGUUCUGUUUUAAAAUGUAUAAAACUCAGAUGUUGUUACAAAGAUUAGUGCACUCUUUCAUAAAGAUUUGAAUAAAUGUUUUUAAAUCUCAAAUACUGUUGGUUAUGUAAUUUGCACAACUUACCAGAUUUUACAUGAAA